UAAGAACGAAUUCAUAGAGGUCGGCCCAGCUACAGUAAAAUGUCAUCAUAUUAAUUCUAACCCACAAUUCACGUUGUUUAAUUUAUUCUAAUUAAGUAAUUUCGAAUAAAAAGAGAAUCCUGCACUAAUGGGGGCUCAAAAAAGCGAUGUUGAACAGUUGCGAUACUGGCGAGAAAACAAUGAUCGAAAGAGCAGAGAAGUUCUGGAUAUCUGGCUCAAUGGACUGUGGCUGAAAGUGAACAGUCUAGGCAAUGAAAAGUUUCUGGUAUUAGAGCAAGUUUGCCUUGCUGCGUUGGACUGUCACAUCCCCAAUGUAGCAGAGACCUGCAUCGAAAGUCUUUCUCAAUCAUUUCCCAGCAGUCUUAGAGUGAGAAAAUUGCACGCCAUGUAUUUCGAAGCUAAGGAGGAUUUUGGCACGGCUACAGACAUUCUAAACAGCAUUAUAAAAGCUGACGAAACCAACAGUGCAGCCAGAAAACGUAAAGUUGCCGUUUUAAAGGCCCAAGGGCGAACUGUUGAUGCUAUCAAGGAGCUCACCGAUUAUUUGAAGAUAUUUAUGGCAGAUGUUGAGGCUUGGCAGGAGCUGGCCGAAUUGUACAUUUCUGAACAGGAUUUCAGUAAAGCAGCUUUCUGCGUGGAAGAGCUGAUUCUUCACAACCCUCACAACCAUUUGUUGCAUCAGAGAUAUGCUGAUAUUAAAUACACCAUAGGAGGCCUGGAGAAUUUGGAGACUGCCAGGUCCUACUAUUCGCAAGCUUUGAAGAUCAAUCCUAAAAACAUGAGAGCUCUGUAUGGACUCUAUUUGACUUCGUCAGCUUUGUCUACUUCUGCAAAGUGCUCCAGUCAGAGGAAGAAAGAAGCAGCCAAACUAGUCGAGUGGUCCCUGAAGGAAAUAAAGAAACGUUACUCUGAGGCUAACCUGAUGGUUACUGCUUUAGCGGCCUUAGAAAUCUGAGCCAUCUAAGUUCUGUGUGAAUAGUCGUCGAGCACCUGUGUAAUAACUAUUUAUAUGUUUAAUAAACAUUGCUGUUGCAAUUUA